UGAGUGACGUAAGACAAUACUAGGGGCGUGGACUCAAUUCUCCACAUUCGCAGCAUAACCUAUUUAACGGCAUCUGAGACGAUUAUUAGUUACAUUGUUUCCUUCUGUCAAUCUGUUAUUGCGAUGGCACAAGCCGAUACAAGAAACGAAGUAGCAGAGCGCAUUGGAUACAUCACACGAGUCCAGAAUUUUAGCGCGUGCCACCGAUUGCACAGCCCGACAUUGAGUGAUGAGGUAAACAAGAGGAUAUUUGGGAAGUGUAACAAUCCCAAUGGCCAUGGACACAACUACAAAGUAGAGGUGACAGUACGGGGAAAGAUCGAUCGUCACACAGGCAUGGUGAUGAACCUUACAGAUCUGAAGCAGCACAUCGAGGAAGUCAUCAUGAUUCCGUUGGACCAUAAAAAUCUGGAUAAGGACGUCCCAUACUUUGCCAAUGUUGUCAGCACAACCGAAAACGUGGCUGUAUAUAUCUGGGACAACAUGGUCAAGCAGCUACCAGCCAAUCUUCUCUACGAGGUCAAGAUUCACGAGACUGACAAGAACAUUGUUAUUUAUCGAGGAGAAUAGCCAGCCACAUUCAAUGCCUUGUAAUUAGGUAGAUCGUUACUAAUAUAUAUUAUGUAGUAUGCACAUCUCAUGUUUGAGUUCAUAGAUGGACUUAUACAAUGUGUUAUGAGAGUAUUAAAGUACAGAGUUGGGGUUAUUCUAUUGAAUAGUAUUGUUACUAUUGUGCAUCAUUUGCUGGUGCAAUCCACUCGACAACUUUGUUACAAUAAAUGGAAAAGCUAAUAUUUAAACA